CAUACAUUUACCGCAUCGUGGGGACUUCCAACCUCUCAAACGGGUGCACAAGUUUCUGUGACACCAAGAGGUGAAGAAGCUGCAGCAACACCUACAGUGAGUGCUCUGGUGUGGAUGUCAACGAGUAUGGUACCUGCCAAGAAGAUGAUGAAGGAGAUCCAGGAGGAAGAGGAGCACCGGAAGAAGAUGGGACUGAAGGAUUUGAUAGCGGUGAUGGUUGCAAGGCACAGAUAUGCAGAGACCACUUUCAAGGUGGUUUCUAGUGCACAGGGCCCUAGUGGUGGGCAUGGAUGACAGUUGGUGCAAAUGGCAAGACAAACGCACCUGCACC